AUGACCACACCAUCUACGGAUUUUGGAAAGGUUGCCCUCAUCAUCUAUGGAGUUCCCGGUUGUGCUGCCAUGAUUCUGUUCUUCAAUCUGUUCCUGGAGAGACUCAUAACAUUCAUGGCCUUUCUAAUGAAAGACUGCCAUCGUCGUAAAGUUGAAAAGCGACGUAAGACACGGGGCAUCCCGGUAGGUGACGGACAUCCCGAUGAUUAUGAUGAAGAGGUUGAUAAUUGGAAACCGUCUUUAUUGUGGAUAAUGCUCUACCUAGUAACUGCAGCCAGUUUGAUCGCUGGUGCCGCUUCAGCAAUGUUCAUGCAUAGCGAAAAAUGGGGAUAUUUUGAUAGUGUUUACUUCUGCUUUGUUGCGUUCAGCACGAUAGGACUGGGAGACCAAGUGACAAUACAGAAAAAGGACUACGGAAACACAACUUUAUUAUCAUUAGGAAGUUUUUGUUUCCUGAUUGCUGGUGCCUGCUGUGUCUACUCUAUGUAUAUGGUCGGCUCUGUCGUUAUUAAGAUGUCUUUAACGUGGAUUUUACAAAAACUAAACUGUAUAAAAAAAGUGCAAACGAUACCUCAGACAAUGGCACCCCGAGCAAAUUCAGCUGGUACGAGAGUAUAG